AGUAUUUAUUUAUUUUGAGCUUUACAGCUUUUCUUUUAAAAAUAAUUUUCAUUUUCAUUUUUCAAUUCAAGAAGCUUUGGAAAAAUAAACCAGCCAACAGAAUUUUUUCAACUUCUGAAAUUGCUAGUUAAGUUCUGGAGGGAGUUGAAAGGAAAUAUAUUGACACUUGCUGAAGUGUGUAGAAUCGUAGUGACAUGUCAUGAUCUUUGUUUUCUGAAGAAUAUCCACAAUUUGAUGUUGAUAUUGAUUUGAUUGUAUAAACUUAAGAGAGAAAAGUUUGAUAUUUGAAUGGAAGGAAGAGAAGGUAUCAACACUGGUGUUACAGUUGUUGGAGCAGAAGCUCCAUCAUCUUAUCAUAUGUCACCAAGGAGUGAAGCUCCAAGCCAACAUGGUUCUGUUUCUGAACCAGGAGGUGUGUCAGUUAUCGGUGUUUCGCCAGUGAGUGUUGGAAUUGAUGGAGGACCAAUUAAGAAGAAAAGGGGUAGACCAAGGAAAUAUGGACCGGAUGGGUCGGUAACUGCUGUGGCAUUGUCGCCAUUGCCAAUCUCAUCUUCAGCUCCUUUUACUAAUGAGUUUUCAACGGUGAAGCGGGGGAAACUGCAUGGGAAUAUGGAGUACAAGCCGUCGAAAAAUGUUGGUGUUGAUCCUUUAGGUGACUCUGUUGGUACUAACUUUAUGCCUCAUAUUAUUACAGUCAACGCUGGCGAGGACAUUACAAUGAAGGUUAUAUCUUUUUCACAACAAGGACCGCGAGGCAUAUGCAUCCUAUCUGCUAGUGGUGUGAUUUCAAAUGUUACGCUUCGUCAGCCUGAUUCUUCCGGCGGAACUUUGACCUAUGAGGGCCGGUUUGAGAUACUUUCGCUCUCCGGAUCAUUCAUGCCUACCGAGAGUCAAGGAACAAGAAGCCGGUCUGGUGGAAUGAGUGUUUCUUUGUCAAGCCCCGACGGUCGUGUUGUAGGCGGUGGAGUUGCCGGUCUUCUUGUAGCUGCCAGUCCUGUGCAGGUGGUUGUUGGAAGCUUUCUUCCAAGUAACCAGCAAGAGCAGAAAUCAAAGAAGCCAAAAUCCGAUUAUCCGCCAGUUACUGUUACCUCACCUAUUGCGGUGUCUUUGGCACCACCCCCUACCAACGGUGAAAGGGUGGAUGUCAUGCAUGGACAUGUACUGCAAAAUUCCGGAACAAUUAACUCAAACCUUAAUCCUCCCUCAGCCUUUCGUAGAGAAAACUGGGUUAACAUGCACUCCAUGCCGGACUCGAUGAAGGCCGCAACUGAUAUUAACAUAUCUUUGCCUGAUAACUAAGUUAAUCAACCCUCAAUUGCGAAUCCUCUGGUGCGGCUGACUACAUUAAUGACUAAGCUAUUUAUUUAAGAGAAAAGAAAGGGGACAUGCACCAUCAGUGUAGACUAGUUUUACAUCGACGUCUAAUGAGAAUCGAGAAUGUUGCGGUUAUUUUCAAAUUGCGGUUACGAAACAAGCCUAUUUGGCAAUGCAAUAUCCUGAAUUCUCAUUGGAUGUCGGUUAAACUAUUUUUACACCGACAAUGCAUAUCCAUUAAACUUAUUAUUCAAUGUUUUCUGUGUUGUACUGCAUCAUGCAGGUUGUUUCCAAAUAUGUUACCUAUGGUCUAAUUACCAUAGGAUGAAGUAGUUGAAAGUGUUGUAUGUUGCAGCUAUGUUUCUUAAUUUUUCUUUGUCUAAUAGAGAUUAAUUAUGAUCAUGUCCGAUAAGUUACUAGUUAGAUGCUGCAAUGUUCUGUCUUAUGAGUAGGCUAAUUUGGAUGUAACGAAAAUUUGCCGCAAUCUGAAUUUGUUGAUGCUU